AUGAAUAUCCGUCGACUUCCUAGCUUCAUGUAUCACUAUAAGAUUGUUGCUAUUUUAUUGAUAUCCGGCCUUUUUUUAAUUGUUUAUCUCCUCAUUUAUUGGGGUAUUAUGUGCACAAAUCUUCAAGCCUGGCGUCACGUGUCCAACGUUUGCAGCAGGCACAACUCUGGAAAUGCUGUGGGUAUUCUCUGUUCUCCACUGUGUAACAGACAAGGAAUACAUUCUCUUGUUUGUGAAACUUUACAUGCGGGAAAAGAGGCUGUUUUUUCAGCACAUUGGGAAAGCACUAAAUUAGUUUUUAAAGCUGCAAGAACGGAAAUAACAAUUGAACAAGCGGAAUCACUUUUAUGGGAGGACGCUAAUGGUUUAAAGCAUUAUCCAUCGGAAUUGGAAUUUGCCAGUAUGAUAAAGGAUGUGGUGUUUAAUAAAUUAAAUUACAGCAUGACGACACAUCAACUCGAAAGAUUGAGUCGUUUACGAACAAGUAAAAUUGAAACGGAAAUAAAAAAACGACAACUAGAAAUGGAAAAUGUUUGGCCAUUGUUACAAGAACAGGAAUAUAUAAUGACAAUUUUAUUUGAAAAUAAAGAUGUAUUUCCACAAUUAAUUGGUACAUGCGGUACAUUUUAUGCAGUUGAAUAUAUUCGUCCAAUUGAAACGCCAACGACAAUAUUGGCAUUAUCUGAUUCAAUGCCAGAAUGGGCAAAAAGAGUUAAAUUAGCUGUUAUGAUUCUUGAUUUAUUACAAGAUUUACAAACAGUAUUUAAUGAACCUCUUUAUCUUUGUGAUGUGAAAAUUAAUCAUUUUGGUUUACCGCCAGGUGGACAGAAAUUAAAAUUUCUCGAUCUUGAUGCAGUUUUUCCUAAAUCGGUGUUAAAUAAAAUAAUUAACAAUAAUAAGGAAUGCGAAAGAAAUGAGGAUUGUGAUUAUUUUGAUUGUAGAUCGAUAUGUUCGAAAAAUAAACGCUGUGUAUCACCGGUGGCUAAUAAUAAUUUACAAAUUGUUUGUGAAAAAAUCUUUUUGGGUUGGACAAUAUCGGGAACAAUUAUUAUUCCAGGAUUAUUAAUGUCUGAACAUACAAGCGAUUCAUUGGCAAUUCUUUUGAGACAAUGUGCAAAUCCAAAUGGAGAUAUGUCACAAUUGGCUCGAGCGGCUGCUUCAGAAAAUUUCAUGGCAGUCGACAUCCGUCUGACGUUGUUCUCCAUUUACUCUCCAAUUUUCGUCUGCACCCUGUUUGCAAUCAUUUUCCAAAAACAGAUUAAUUAAAUA